AUGACGAAUCUAUUAAAUAUACAGUUAGCACCAUUAAACGUGCCUUUAAAAAGACGACGUCAGACAACUGCUGUUCUUUUGUGGCUUAUCUCUCUACCAAAUGGAGGUCGAAGAUUUUCAUUUGCUAGAAAGGCAUAUUUUUGGAAGUGGUACGCUGAAUAUUUCCCAAUAACACUCAUUAAGGAAGCCGAUCUAGAUCCAUCAAAAAAUUAUAUAUUUGGGUAUCAUCCUCAUGGUGUCAUAUCUGUUGGUGCUUGGACAAAUUUUGGCACUGAAGCCAAUGAUUUUUCAAAAAAAUUUCCCGGUAUUACAUGCCGGGUAUUGACACUUGCUUCAAAUUUUAACCUCCCACUUUAUCGAGAAUAUCUAAUGGCCCAAGGCUUGGCAUCUGUAUCCCGUCAGUCCUGUGAAAAUAUUUUACAAAAAGGACCGGGACAUUCUGUUCUAAUCGUAGUUGGUGGUGCGGGAGAAAGUUUAAACGCGCGUCCUGGAGUUUACGAUUUAGUUUUGAAGAAGAGAUUAGGAUUUAUCAAAUUGGCUGUUCGUAAUGGUGCAUGUUUAUGCCCAGUAUUUUCAUUUGGUGAAAAUGAUAUAUGGGAGCAAGCUGAUAAUCCUAAAGGUAGUAAUGUUUGGAAAUUUCAAAAGACAUUACAAAAAUUGUCAGGUUGGACAAUGCCUCUCUUCCACGGGCGUGGUAUAUUUAAUU